UUCAGCCUGGGCUGAGGAGUUAAACGGUGCACAGCGGCACAUCUGCUUCAUCCAGGCAUUAAUCCUGUUGUGAUAGCCAUGUUUUCAAAGCAGCCGCAGACUUUGGCCUUUGUGGUUUUCAUCCUGACGGUGACGUCCCUGCCUGCUGACAUAGAGAAGGGGAGGAGAAAGGUGGUGCAUGUGCUCGAGGACGACACCGGGGCGGUGAUAGUGCAGACAGCUCCUGGUAAAGUGGUGACACAUCGCGGUGGCUCCAUCACUCUGCCCUGCAGAUUCCACCACGAGCCCGAGAACACGGACCCCGCCCGCAUUCGGAUUAAAUGGACCAAAGUGACGGAUGCGCUGCAGUUUGAGGACGUCUUUGUGGCACUUGGAAGGCAGCAGCGCGUGUUUGGGUCGUACAGAGGCCGCGUGUUUUUGGAGCAGGCGGGACCAGGUGACGCCUCGGUGAUCAUCCAGAACGUCACACUGGAGGACUACGGACGCUACGAGUGUGAGGUCACUAAUGACAUGGAAGAUGAUACAGGAUUUGUCAACCUCGACCUAGAAGGAGUGGUGUUUCCCUACUACCCCCGCGAGGGGCGCUAUAAGCUCAACUACCACCAGGCAGAGGAUGCCUGCAAACAGCAGGACGCCAUUCUGGCCUCCCACUCUCAACUGCACAAGGCCUGGCUGGAAGGGCUAGACUGGUGUAACGCUGGAUGGCUGGAGGACGGCUCAGUCCAGUACCCUAUCUCUCAUCCCAGAGACCAGUGUGGCCGCAAGGACACCCCAGCUGGCGUUCGUAACUAUGGCUACAGGCACAAGGAGACUGAGCGCUACGACUGCUUCUGCUUCACUUCCAAGCUCAACGGCAAAGUGUAUUUCCUCAAACGCUUUAAGAAGGUGAACUAUGUGGAGGCGAUGAAGGCUUGCAUUCGUGAUGGCUCAGUGGUGGCCAAAGUGGGUCAGCUGUAUGCUGCGUGGAAGUUCCAGCUCCUGGACCGCUGCGAAGCCGGCUGGCUGGAAGAUGGCAGCAUUCGCUACCCCAUAGUCAACCCCCGCUCUCGCUGUGGAGGGGCCGAGCCAGGCGUCCGACACCUGGGCUUCCCUGAUAAGAAAUUCCGCCUCUAUGGGGUCUACUGUUUCCGCGAGAACAAGGACGAAACAGCAGGUGGUAAUGAAACGACAAAAAGACCUACAGAUAGUUUGACAAGGAGCAAGAGCAACAACAGCAUCCCCAUGAAUGCUACGAGGGUUAUUUAAGGUGGAAAGACUGAGAGCGGUUUUAGAUUUGACUACAACAACUGUCGCCUAGCAGCCAGACUCCAUUCAUCGCUUUAAAGUAAAACACUCACAGACGAGAUGCACCAAUUUGCAGAUUUGCCAGAGAGGAGAAACGAGGCUGUGUAAAAUCGAG